AUGGGAUCGAACCAGCGCGCUGAGAUAGGCUGAGAUGUUCCUGAUUAAUAUCUGCACUGCCACUCUUCCUCUCCGCUCAUGUUCUUGGUUUUCUCUUCUCUCUUUCGCUGGCCGUUUCUUUCCCUCGGCUCUCACUUUAUCUUUAUCUUCUUCUUCUUCUCCAUCUUUCUUGCAUCUCUUGUCCCGACGACUCAUGCCGUACCGACGAACCACACGAUUGACGACGCCGACCCGGUAGUCGUUUACGACAACCAACUCGCGGGCGACCGCUCUGGCCUGGACGUUUUAUGUCCGUCGGAAGAUAAUACGGGCUCUGUAUGCCAUACUGCUGGUCAGGGCGGAUUCACGACGGCGACGGGGUACGACUGGUCGCAGCUUAUAAACGGGACGAUGAAGGUAAUAGAUGGGAAGAUCACGGUGCCUUUCGUCGGCGGCGCGGUGUACGUGUACUUUGGAAACCAAGAUGCGGUCUCGUGCAACAUCCUAAUCGACGGCAACCAAGUGGGCACGUACACGGGGAAUGCGAGCACUGCGGCACGGAGCGUGUUGGGGUAUCAGCAGGUGCUCACGACUGGUGGGCAACACACGCUAACGCUCGUCUCGGCGGGGUUGGACAGCCUGAUCAACUUCGAUGGGAUCGUGUUCACCCAGGGUCUGCAGAAACUAGCUUCAUCGAGCUCUUCCACUGCUACUCCGACGAGUGCGUCCCAGAUACCGACCCAUCGAACGUCGAACCCCGCAGCGUCAACUCCGACCCAAAGCAUCUCUCCAGCGCCGUUACAUCGGUCGAUUCUCGCACCUGUCCUUGGGGCUGUCGCAGGCAUACUAGUAAUCGCAGCCCUCGCUAUCGCCGUUUGCGUGGUCCGUCGACGCAGACGUCGCCGCCCAAUCAGGCGAAUAUCCAACAUCGAUCCAGAGCCCGCGUCCGCCUUCAACCCUUACCCGCUCAACCUUCCUUCCACCACUGCUGUGAGAGAGCCUGGCGGCCCGAGGGAGAAGCCCGCGCGGACUGCGGUGUUGACGAAUCCCAGUGCGAGGGCGGCCGUGGCCGCGGCUGCUCCCGACACCGCGACGGUUUCGAUGCCAGCGCCCCCCACUGGUGAUUCUGAUUUGGCCGUCAGGCUAGCUGAUGUCGAGGCUCGGUUCCGGGCGCUCGAGCAAUCGGUUCAAAGGCGAGACACGAUGCAUGCGCCUCCACCGGCGUACCAGUAAUUUGUGCUCCAUAUCUCAAAAUCUGUUGUACCAUGUACUCACCAGCAUGUAUCCUCAUCAUAGUCAGCACUCACUCUCCGAGUGCAGUUUCCUCUGACAUGUGCGGGCUUAAUUUUUCCAUAUCCUGGACAUGUUGCUGUGG